AUGGACCCGAUUAUUACUCCUCCUUGUCAACUCUCUCCGGCUAGACGGCCGCCGUCGGUUUUCACGAUUUCCCUUUGCUCAGGUUUCAGAUUUAUCAUGUCUUGGCUUGUUCGGAAUCGCAUUGGAGACACCUUGUUACGCCUCAAACCUCCGGCUUCUAUCGCUCUUUCCUCCGCGCUCAUCGAGAAUCUCUCUACAGCUUCGGAAAGAUUGCCUGAAUCGCUUGAUGAGUCUUCACAGUCUGAGGAGAUAUGGAACGUUAUCGUAGGUAGAGUCGGUGAUAGAGUCAGCGAAGACGAAGUGUUUCAUCGUCUAUCAAACGAUGAAGUCUGUAACAGUGUAAAUCUCUCAGAUGGUUUGGUUCAUAAGCUGCUCCACAGGUUUAGAGAUGACUGGAGAUCUGCGCUCGGUGUUUUGAAAUGGGCCGAGUCUUGUAAAGGGCACAAACAUUCGAAUGAGUCUUUCGAUAUGGCGGUUGAUAUUCUCGGCAAGGCCAAGAAAUGGGAUCGUAUGAAGGAGUUUGUGGAGAUGAUGAGAAGAGAUAAGCUCGUCACCUUGAAUACGAUCGCUAAGAUCAUGAGGAGAUUUGCUGGUGCAGGGGAAUGGGAAGAAGCAGUCAAGAUAUUCGACAGUUUGGGUGGAUUUGGGUUGGAGAAGAACACGGAAUCGAUGAAUCUGCUGCUCGAUACGCUGUGCAAGGAGAAGAGAGUCGAGCAGGCUCGGGCAGUUUUGUUAGAGCUCAAGUCACACAUCACGCCAAAUGCCCACACGUUUAACAUCUUCAUUCACGGUUGGUGCAAGGCCAAUAGAGUCGAGGAAGCUCUCUGGACGAUCCAAGAGAUGAAAGGCCACGGGUUUCGUCCUUGUGUUAUCAGCUACACGACGAUCAUAAGGUGUUAUUGCCAGCACUCUGACUUCAUCAAGGUCUAUGAGAUUCUGAGUGAAAUGGAAGCUAAUGGGUCUCCUCCGAAUUCGAUUACGUACACAACUAUUAUGUCUUCCCUUAAUGCUCAGAAAGAGUUUGAGGAGUCUUUACGGGUUGCUACGAGGAUGAAAAGAUCAGGUUGUGAACCCGAUACUCUCUUCUACAACUGUUUGAUUCACACACUUGCUCGAGCUGGUCGGUUACAAGAAGCCGAGCGGGUUUUCAGAGUUGAGAUGCCUGAGCUUGGCGUUUGCAUAAAUACGUCUACCUAUAACUCCAUGAUUGCUAUGUACUGUCAUCACGAUGAGGAAGAGAAGGCCGUUGAGCUUCUCAGGGAAAUGGAAAGUUCGAAGCUUUGUGAUCCCGAUGUUCACACGUAUCACUCGUUGCUGAGAUCUUGCUUUAAGAGAGGAGACGUUGUUGAGGUCGGGAGGUUAUUGAAAGAAAUGGUGACUAGACAUCAUCUCAGCCUCGAUGAAUCAACUUAUACUUUUCUGAUACAGAGGUUUUGCAGAGCUAAUAUGUGUGAGUGGGCGUAUUCCCUUUUCGAAGAGAUGAUUAGCCAAGAUAUCACACCGAGGCACAGGACUUGUUUGUUGCUCUUGGAAGAGGUCAAGAAGAAGCAUAUGAAUGAAUCCGCCGAGAGAAUCGAACACAUCAUGAAGACUGUCAAACUUUCUGCCCCUGUAAAGUGAGGGUUAUUAGUUAUUACAAUUCUUGAGAAAGAAGACAAGACCAGAUCGUGCAUCAAUAUGUUCGUUGUUUUCUUCCUUCAACCACAUUGUAACGUAGAUCAGAGUACUAUAAGAAAGUCCAACUUCAAAUGCAGGAAGAUUUGUUGCAACGCUGGAGUUUAUUGAUUCUGACACAAUCUUAAUCAAGUUGGUGUUUGUUGUCGGCUUUGACUCCAAUCUCUGUAAGUGUUUCUUAGUUGAGACGUCUCAAGAUCCAGAGUUUUGCCAGGCUUCAGAAUAAUUUAUGAGAGUUUACAUAAGGUGGGGAUCCAAGAAAAACAAGCAUUGAGUUUAGUGACUCAUACAUACAUGUUGUACAUGUGCAUUUGGGUGCGUCCACACUCCACACCGACAGAAAGGUAGAUCCAUAUUACCCAAAACAAAACUUAAACUAUAUUUUUUUUGGAUUUGUUUUUCAUAAAAUUGAAUAGUCUUCUUCAAUCUCAUAAUGACGGUUAAGCUUUAACUACAUAUCAUUAUGCACAUUUAUUGAAUUAUUGAACCCUUGAUAUUAUUAUUUUAGGGCCCUCAAGUUUUAAGCCACCAGCAAGUGG